CCUGCAUGCUGCUUAUUGCAAUCAUUCUAACAGAUCACAGGUCCCAUUCCCAGCAACAGCUACUGCUUUUAGACUCGAGCCUCCUCCAGUCAGUGGCUGUCAUCAUGGAGGAAAAGCAGACGACUGGAGCCGAGUGAAGAGGACACACCGCCGCAUCACAUCUUUGUUUCGCCUCUUUUUAUCAUUUGAAUUUCGGUGAAUAAUCAACACAAACAGUUCCGAAGACACCAGCAGCCAAGAUGAAGCAUUUCCUGAGAGUGGUGACCCAAUUCUUCGUGUUCCUCUACUGUAAAUGUCUGUGGCGAGGCCUGAAGUUUGUCGCCAGAAAGUUUACGGGGCGCUGCGAGCUGCAGAGAAUCUGCUACAACAACAAGCAUGGAGCCCGCAGGACCCUCAAGAUAGAAUCAUCUCUGAGGUACUCCAAGAAUGAGCUGCUGCAGUCUGCCCUCAGCGUCCACCCUGACAAAGUGGAGAAAACUAUUGAGGACAUCAUGGCCUUGAAGAAGAUUAACCCUGACACCAACCCACAGCUGGGCAUCUCUCUGCAAGCCAGCCUGCUGCAGAUCGUGGGCUACAGGAGCCUGGUGGCAGAAGUGGAGAAGCUGCGCAGGGAGCCUUAUGACUGUGAAAACCCAGAGCACGAGGACCUGCUGAUGAAGCUGUGGAAGGAGCUGCGUCCUGACACACCUCUCACCGGACGCAUCUCUAAACAGUGGUGUGAAAUUGGUUUCCAAGGCAGCGACCCCAAAACUGAUUUCAGAGGCAUGGGCCUGCUGGGCUUGCACAAUCUGCUGUAUUUCGCAGAACACGAUAAAGCCACCGCCCUGCAGAUGCUCCAUGACUCCUUGCAACCAAAGCACAAUGAGAUUAACAAGCCUGAAUGGGAACAGAAGAACCUAGACAAAGCUAUUGGCUACUCUUUUGCUAUCGUGGGCAUCAACAUCACAGACCUGGCCUACUCUCUGCUGGUGAGCGGAGCUCUGAAGACCCACCUGUACAACGUGGCGCCAGAGAUGCCGAGCCUGCUGCACUUUCAGCAGACCUUCUGUUACCUGAUGCAGGAGUUUCACCGUUUCUGGAUCGAGGAGGAUCCGAGCGACAUCAUGGAGUUUAACCGGGUCCGCUCCAAGUUCCACCGGAGGAUCCUGCGACAGCUGAAGAAUCCAGACAUGGCUCUGUGCCCCCACUUCUCCGCCUCCGACCUCCACCUGGUCAACCUCUAAAACACACACCCCUGACCUGUGACCCUCCCCCACAGUCCCCAGCUGAACCCUUCAUACCCCCACAGAGGUCUCCCCUGGAUGUCCGGUAGGCCAACUAAAAAAAAAAAAAAAAAAUCAGAAAACCCUUUACCCUCACAUACAUAGUUCCUCAAACUGCUGGACACAUCUGGGGAGACUCUCUUCCCAAUCUGCUCAGCCCACCUUGUCCCAGCUAACGUCAUGUCGCGUCACUGCCAAAAGCUCACUCAACCACAACACACACACACACACACACACACACACACACACUGCCUCUACGCCCUCACUGCAGCGUUACACCACCAGCAUCAGAGAUGACCAUAGCGAUUGUAGCUGUGCAUGAGGAGGCUGCACCACACGACUCAUCGUUAUCUGUUGCUUUAAUGAUUCACGACGAUUGUAUCAGCCGUUACACCUCAGAUAUGAACCCUGUGCUUCUUCUCAUAACAAACCAAAUUUACUUUCUCAGCCAAAAAAACAAAAAAUCCCUGUUUUAGACUGCAACACAAUCAGUUCAGAAUAUUUUGGCAAUUAGCUGGUCGGGCUUCAGACACAAAUGUGACAGAACAAAUAUUUUGUAUUUAAAAUGAAGAGCUAUAGAUACUCUAUAAUAUAAAUUUAAAAGAAUCAUAAAAGAAAUGUUGCUGGCGCUGAUUCAAUCAAAAGCUCUUAAAUAAUAUAGGGCCAGGUCAUCUCUUAGCUUUGUCUGUAUUAGGUCAUAGAUUGUACUGUACUUUUUAUGUCAACAUGACAUGACACCUAAGACUUCUCCUUGCCAAAAUAUCGAAUGUGGAGAACUUACAAUCACAGCAGUAGUUUGUUUCUUGUGAGCUCAAAUGUACAUUUUGUAAACCUGCAAAAUCAUGUUCAUAGAUAUUUAAAAACUGGCAGCACACUUCUCACUUUGGAUAUUAAAAACAGCUACUUCUCUUGCAAUUAAUAACUUUUUUAUUUCCUCACACAGAGUAACAUCCAAAUAUCAAUAAAAAUAAAGUCAUGAACAUUAUUUUUACAGGUUUGCAAAAGGUUUUUGCCUUUGCUUUGACCCCAUGCAGAGAUUCAGUUAUGAAUGUCCCUCACAUGCUCACGUUCACGAUUGUUUGACUAUUUUAAUUCACUGAAUGUGACACUGUGUCCACUGUUGUAUCAGCCAAAGCAAUAAUUUACAUUCAUUUCACUGCACAUUUCUUUUUAAAUGUAUUAAUUUGCACCAUGUGUGCCUAAGUUUUUGUUUUACGUUGUAACUCAGAGCUGGAAUGCGAAUCAACUUAUAAUUAGUGUUUGAUAGAAGUAAAAUAUCACCACAUUAUUUUUAAGACAUUAGUGAAUUUGCUGUAAACAAAUGUCCUCUGGCAGUCGCUGCGCUGCUUUUUACAAAGUCCAAAUCUGGCGGGAAAUCUGCUGAAUUGCUUUAUGGAAGUGAAGACGUGUUUGUCCUUCUCAGUGAAGCCAAAGACACAGAGGUCUGACAGGAAGCGUUCAUGGAGAAUGUCGUCUUACGUUCGUGAGCAUGAAUGUGUUCUCACCUCUUCUCCAGCAUUUGCUUUCAGUAAAAUAUUAAUUUAACAUUUUACUAAUGUUCUUAAAAAUGCUACACAUAAAGGCUUCAAGAAGCAUCUGCAACAACCAGAGAAACAUGAUGUAAAUAUGAAGCUGCUCCAUAGAAAAUGAAUUAGGAGGUGGUUCCUACUAAUGCAGUGAAGAGCUGACUGUGAAAACGUAAAAGCGCUAAAGAUGGAGGCGUUGAUCGACCAGUCAACGCAGGAAAAUAAUGACUUUUUAAUGCUGCGAUCUUCUAUGAUGCCACUGUCAGCUCCUUACUGUGGGUUGCAUGUAUAUUUUUAAAAUUUGAUGUCUUUAUUUUACUCAGAAAGCCUCACAAAGUCUAAGAGAGUCCACGAGAACCAAGAUUUGGAGUCCCCUCCAUGUUUACUAUCUAACUGUUUUGCUGCUUCCUGUUUGGGGCUGGAGAGUGCUGCUAUAGGCCAUGCGUCUACGCCAUAGCCUAUACAUUUAACCCACACCACUGGGAGCAUUUAUACUUCUGCACUGGUGUGCUUUGCUCUGUGUUGAGUACCUUCAUCAAAAACAGCAACUUAAACUGAGUUGAUCAUUUUGGAUUUAGAGCAAAUAAAUGUUGAACAACAUUACUUUUAAGGAAAUUACUAUUUACUUUUUAUUAAACCUCUAUUAUGCGGGCACUUCUUCUCCAGUUCCCACUGCUCACAGCAAAGCAUUUUUAGAUGCAAUAUUUGAGGGAAAAAAUGUGGUGCUGCCAAGUGGCCAUGUCACAGUUUUGUAAUCUGCAUUGCAGCAAUGUGAAGCUAUAUUUCUGGAGAGGUGCAUGCCAGACUAUGGCGAGGGUACGCACCUGCACCAUGCCUACACCUUACAUACAAACAGAUUUGAUGCAGAAAUAAAAUGCCUUUAGAUUUAUCUUGUGGCAUUUUUGGAGCCACUGCAGCAGUUGACUCUCCUUUAAGAAAAAAACCCCCAAACAAUCUAAUCGAUUAUCUGUGGAGCGUCAGUUUGAUUGUUGUCUCAGCUCUGAGUCAUUACUUUUACUUUUCACUGAGAGAUAAAUCAUCUGACACGCGUGUACUUCAUCACAGCUGUGUUGCUUCACUUGAACAUGUGACCACUGUAUUUAACAUCCAUGAGCGUUCACAUCACGUGACGAUGCUGACGGCUCUGACAAAUGUAGGAAAUCAUUUUAGCGCCAUGCUUGCACUGUUGAUUGUGUUGAUAAUAGUACUGAAUAUCUUUGUCCCAUUGAAGUGAGCGUCGAUGCUUCUUUUCUGUCAGUAUUAUGCAGCUGUUUACUUCAGUGAAUGUCAGUGCUGGUUUCAUCUCCUGCUUGUUUUGCUUUGCUAUGGUCAGCUUUGCACUACUGUAAAAAUAAAAAAUGCAGUUUCCUUUAUGAUAAUAAACCAGUAAUUUUUGGUGUUAGGAGUAUACGAUACUGUAGAUGAAGUUACGUACUUGCUGCUGUAUAUUCUGCUUUAAAACUGCCUAUAAGACCACGAUCUGCAUGAUGGUAUUUUCAUUGUUACUGAUAUGACAUUCUGUAUUCUUCAGUAAGGCCUAAAGUACUAAUAGAUAUUGUAACUGCGUGCUUCAUUUGUUUGUGCUGUACUUUUUGAG